GCUUAUACAAUCCCCCAACGUUGAACCAUUCCACACUCACACAAAUUUUCCACAGUUAUAAACGCGAGGAAAAUUCAUUCAUUCACAUCUUGACAAUACAUCAACUCAAAACAACAACCUCACUUUCCAAAAAUGUAUCAACCACAGGAAGGAAAGCCAUCUUACAAUCAGCCACAACCAGGCGCUGCCACAGGUUUUCCGGUCAGCUACAACAGUAAUACAUCCACAUAUUCCGGCACCACGUCCUCUGACUACCAGCCAGUUCCUCCUCCUCCGCCUAAACCUAUAGUUGAAUGGUCCUCCGGUCUUUGUGAUUGCUGCUCUGAUCCUACAAAAAGUUGCAUAACAUUUUGGUGUCCUUGUAUUACUUUUGGUCAAGUUGCAGAAAUCAUUGACAAGGGAUCAACUUCAUGUGGUGCUAGUGGGGCAUUGUACACGUUGAUUUGUUGUGUGAUUGGGUGUGGUUGUUUGUAUUCUUGCUUCUACCGUUCAAAGAUGAGACAACAGUAUGGUUUGAAAGGAAAUGAUUGCACAGAUUGUCUGAUUCAUUGCUGCUGCGAGGCUUGCGCCUUGUGUCAAGAAUAUCGUGAGCUCGAACACCGUGGAUUUAACAUGGUCAUUGGGUGGCAUGGAAAUGUGGAGCAACGGACUCGAGGAAUUGUGAUGGCUUCGGCUGCUGCUACAACUACUGCUCCAACUGUCGAAUUAGGCAUGAGUCGUUGAAGUGAGUGAAGAUCCAUAUGAUAUGUAGUUGUGAUUUAGACAAGCAUGUUGAUAAACUUCGUGUUCAUCUCAAAUAUAAGUAGUAUCCAAAAUAAGUGUGUGAUAUGUUACUGUAUUUUCAAAAAGAUAUUGUGUGAAAAUUUGUAGCGUGUUCAGUAUCAACACAAAUAAAAAUAUGGCUAAUGUUUAUUAUGUACUAACAUAGUUUAUUUU